ACUGUGACCGCAGCAGCAGCCGGGGCAGCUUCCCUGACUUGUUGCUCCAUCAGAGGCGUGCCGUGGGGUGUGUGGCUGGCAGGAUGCUCAGUCCCCUCAUCCCUUGCAGCAGCAGCAGCAGCACGUGGAGGUGCAGCAGCGGUGCGGGGCAGCUGGCCGGAGAUGCGUGCGUACUGAGCAAUGCUGCCCAUGCCAGCGGAGAAGGAGGACUACCGGCCAGUCAUCUGCACCAACGGGGUCUUCCGAGCAGAUGAAGAUAAUAUGGGGGAUGGUUGUUCUCAAAAGCUGGCAUCUGCCAAAUACCUACGGCUUUUGCUGCUAAUUCUGAUUCCAUGCAUUUGUGUUCUGAUAUUUUUGUUGGUCAUUCUGCUCACUUUUGUAGGUGUAAUAGACAGAAAUUGUUUUGACUUUAAUAGAAGUAACCCAUUAACCAAUGGAAUCGAAGUUGGAUCUCCUCACAUUCCUUUUGUAGAGAUGGGUGACAAUGCUUCAGAAAACAUUACAGCAAUAGGAGACUUGGAUGUAAUACCGACUUUGCAGAGUUAUCCUACAACUCCAGUUGACCAAAGUCAUUUUUUGCAUGAAAAUCCACUCUCACCUUUUACACUUAGCACAGUGGGUCAACACAGCACAAGAAGGGGGAAUGGACAGACCAAAAAGCACCAAGAGGCUGUGAGCAUGCUGGGAACAUGGCCUACAACAACUGCUUCAAAGUUCCAGGAGGAAGAAACUUUUUCUCCGACUAUGAAUCCAAUGGCUCCUGGACUUGUAGUCUCUGAAGACACUUGCGUCAACAUCACCCACAGCCAGUGCCAACUGUUGCCGUACAACCACACUGUUCCAAAGUCUAUGUAUUCCUUUGUCAAGAGCGUAGAUAUGGAUAUGUUCUUGAAGUUCUUCAGCUAUCUCAGUCGCCUCAGCUGCUAUCAACACAUCAUGCUGUUUGGCUGUAGCUUGGCUCUUCCUGAAUGCGUAAUUCAUGGUGAUGACAGUUAUCCGUUACUACCAUGCAGAUCGUUCUGCGAGGCCGCACAAGAUGGCUGUGGGCCAGUGCUGGAGAUUGUGAAUUCUACUUGGCCGGAGUUCCUAAGAUGCUCCCAGUUCCAGAACAGAACAGAUAACAGCAACAUAAGUCGGGUCUGCUUCUCCCCACAGCAUGAAAAAGGAAGACAAUCCCUUUGUGGAGAAAAAGAAAGCUUUCUGUGCAACAAUGGCAUCUGCAUAGCCAAGACAUUGAUGUGCAAUGGAUACAACGACUGUGAUGACUGGAGCGACGAGGUACAUUGCAAUUGCAGUGAACAUCUGUACCGUUGUAACACAGGAAAGUGCCUUAACCAUAGUUUUGUAUGUGAUGGAUAUGAUGACUGCGGAGAUCUGAGUGAUGAGCAGAACUGUGACUGUAACCCUGCACAAAGUUAUCGCUGUGGAGACGGCCGAUGUAUAACACUAACGUGGGUGUGCGAUGGCGACCAUGAUUGCGCUGAUAAAUCUGAUGAAGUCAACUGCUCUUGUCACAGUCAGGGUCUCGCUGAGUGCAAGAACGGCCAAUGCAUUCCCAGUGCCUUCCGCUGCGACGGAGAUAGUGACUGUAAAGAUGGCAGUGAUGAGGAGAAUUGCACUGAACACAAGGGUCAGCUGUGCCAGGACGGGGAUUCUAGGUGUGUGUUUCCAGCCUGCCCUGGUCCAUGUGUCAAUGACUCCAACUGUGAAAUAUCUCAGAACAAAACCAACUGCAGUCGAUGUGAGCCAAUAACUCUGGAGCUAUGUAUGAACCUGCCCUAUAAUUAUACUCAUUUUCCAAAUUAUCUCGGCCACAGGACUCAGAAAGAAGCCUCUAUCAGUUGGGAGUCAUCUUUGUUCCCAGCUCUAGUUCAGACCAAUUGCUAUAAAUAUCUUAUGUACUUUGCUUGCACUAUUCUGGUACCAAAGUGUGAACUUCAGACAAACCAGCGGAUACCCCCCUGCAGAUCACUCUGUCAGCAUUCGAAAGAAAGAUGUGAAUCUGUGUUGGGCAUUGUGGGGUUACAGUGGCCAGAGGACACGGACUGUAGCCAAUUCCCAGAUGAGAGAUUAGACAAUCAGACGUGUCUUAUGCCUGAUGAGGGUGUGGAAGAAUGCUCACCCAGUCACUUCAAGUGCCACUCGGGCCGGUGUAUCUUGUCUUCCAGAAGAUGUGAUGGAGAGGCAGACUGUGAAGAUGACAGUGAUGAAGUCAAUUGUGGCUGUACAGAACGAGGACUGUGGGAAUGUCCGGGACACAAGAUGUGUAUAAAACAUUCCAUGAUCUGCGAUGGAUUUCCAGACUGCCCUGAACAGUUAGAGGAGAGAAAUUGUUCAUCCUGUGCAAAUUAUGAGCUUACAUGUGCAAACCACAAAUGUGUACCACGUGAUCGAUGGUGUGAUGGUCAAGUGGAUUGUGCAGACAGCUCCGAUGAGUGGACCUGUGUCUCUGCCUCUAACAAUGCGAGCUCGGUGACAUCCCUGAUCAUUCAUAGAUCAGCGUACGAUCAUCACGUUUGUGCUGAUGAAUGGGAGGAAGAGCUGUCUCAAUGGGUCUGCAAGCAAAUCGGUUUAGGAGGCCCAUCUAUGACGUUGGUCACAGCAGACUAUCAUUACUCACAACAUGAUGACUGGCUGCACCUGGAGCCUGAAUGGAAGAAACAGAACGGAUCUGUGUUCCACAAACUACUGAUAAAGGGGCAACCAUGUAAAAGCAAAAGCAAGAUUUCUCUUCUGUGUACCAAGGAAGAUUGUGGACGCCGCCCCGCAGCCAGAAUGAGCAAGAGAAUCCUUGGUGGCAGAACCAGCCGGCCUGGGCGAUGGCCUUGGCAGUGCUCUCUACAGAGUGAACCUAGCGGACACAUCUGUGGUUGUGUUCUCAUUGGGAAAAAAUGGGUGCUGACUGUAGCACAUUGCUUUGAAGGGAGGGAACAGGCUGCUGUGUGGAAGGUUGUAUUCGGAAUAAACAACUUGGAUCACCCAUCUGAUUUCAUGCAGACACGUCUGGUCAAAACGAUAAUCCUCCACCCACGGUACAACAGAGCCGUGGUAGACUAUGAUAUCAGCAUUGUGGAACUAAAUGAAGACAUUGUGGAGACAAGCUACGUGAGACCCGUCUGCUUACCAAACAAGGGCCAGUUGGUGGAACCAGACACAUAUUGUUAUAUUACUGGUUGGGGUCAUAUGGGCAACAAAAUGCCAUUUAAAUUGCAGGAAGGAGAAGUUCGCAUCAUAUCCUUAGAGCACUGUCGCUCAUAUUUUGACACCAUAACAUCCAGGAUGCUUUGUGCUGGCUAUGAGUCUGGAACAGUAGAUUCUUGUAUGGGAGACAGCGGAGGCCCACUGGUCUGUGAGCAGUCCCAGGGACAAUGGACAUUGUACGGCCUCACCUCCUGGGGAUCUGUAUGUUUUUCCAAAGUUCUAGGACCAGGAGUUUACAGUAACGUGUCACAUUUUGUGGAAUGGAUUGAGAGACAAAUCUACCUGCACAGCUUUCUAAUCAACUAAUGACACAGACGCUAUAAAUAUCAAAAAAGUUCAUCUAAAAAAAUAAAAAAAAAGACUGGAAGGAAAACGCCUUAGCCUCCAUGGAGGUUUUAUGUGUGCAAAUAUUUGUUGUGUGUACCAAUGAAAAUGAUAUAUAUUUUUGUUUUUCAAAAUGAUUGUAUUUUAGUCAAAUUUUUGUACAUAUCGGAUCACAGUUUUGUUGAGCAUUCCUAAAAUGAUGUGGUAUAUCAGGAAAUAUAUUUUACUGCUGUUUCUAGGUUGUUGGGGGGGAGUGGAUAAUAUGUGGUUGACGUGUCAAUUUAAUUUAGGCUUUGGGCCUGCUGACUGUAAAUGAUCUUAAUCUACAACACAUACAGCAGUUCAGAUGCAAGUUUUAGACAAGGUAUUGUACAGUGUGAAAUAGUUUGAUGGUCACUAUGUUUUAAAACCAUAUAAUAUUUUAGCUAUAGAACGACUUGGUAUAUUAUAUGACACCAUUUUUUUAUCCAUCUAUAACCCCGCUUUUUUAGCUGUUGCUGUACGCCCACUUCCUGUUCUUACAUCUGCUUGAAACAAUUAUUAAGUGUUGACAUAUGUAUACUGAAAGCAUCACUCAUAUUUUAGAGUCACCAAGUAUUUAUGUAAAGGAGAUAACAGAAGGGAUAAACUACAGUAGAAAGUGUUCAUUACAUAGAUGAGUGACUCUACUUAAUCAUUAGAAACAGAAGUACAGUAGUCUACAUAUACAGAGUUCUGUGUUAAAAGGAAAUUCAGUUUAGUGAUAAGUUUUGACAAGAACCUUACUAUUUUAAUGCUGCUAUAAUGCUUGCUGAGUGUGGAGUUUCCCCCAUUAUCAGUAACAUACAAUAUUAGUAAUUUAUGAUAAAAGAAGAAAAAUAAUAGAAAGCUAAAUAUUGGUUACAAACCGGUUGAUCUAAAAAUCGGUUUCUGAUGGGACCUAUACAUCUACAGCCCCAUCCCUGUACCAGUCUCACGCCGCCGAUUGAAUCAUCAAAAAACUCAGAUUUGCUGACAUCGACGAUUGGCAAAAAACUGCAUGUUACAAAGUUCUGAUUCGCUGUUACCGAUUAUUUUUUGGUCAUAAUUGGCGAAUCGUGUCUUUUCAACAUGUUGGAUUUCCCAGAUACCCCAAGCCAAGCAGUGGGAGAAUGGGGAUUUGCCCCGAAACUCUCCUGAUGUAUGUCCCCAAUACCUUGUAAGGCUCAGUGGGAAUUUCCAAAAUGCCUUACAGAUUUUAUUAGUAUUAUAAUGUAUAGAAUAUGAUAAUGUCAAUGUAUAGAGCAGAGAGAUUAGACACUGGUUGACGUAGGAUUUGGAGAACAGCUAAGUGGGUGCUGGCUGUUACUGUAUGUCUAUGAGGCACUGGCUGUUAGACUUAUCAGCUUUACCAUAGGGAGAGAACUGUAGCUGUUACAGGGGUGUGAAGGGUAUGGGUCCCAGCAGGACAGUGGUGACGGCGAGGCCUAUCUGUUAGCUACACCAGGUCCUGCUCUACUCCUCUGAGCAUGUUUUUUAACCUAAAGCCAAAACAGGGCCCAAUUUAUUACAAUAAACCUACUGUACAUUGGACAUUAAAUAGACCAAAAUUCAUUAACUCUUACACGGGCAUACUGUAUUAUUCUGAGUGGCUCUGAGGGAGAAGGGUUGUAUUUCCGUUGGCAAAUACAUUGAAACAUAGGCUUUAAUUAUUACAUUAUUGCUGAAUGAGCAAACACAUAUGCUGUAUACCACCUAUAAGCCAGCACUUACAAAUCAUUUCAUUAUAAAUUCAGGCCUAUCAAUGAAAAAAACAAAAACAAACUGUAUUCUUAACACCAUUGAACGUGGAAGUGUGCGGUGUGGCAGUGAUACGGAACUGUCACCGUUCUUUGAAGCAAAAACAAAAAUAUAAUGGCUGAAUACGCCCCACAACUCUAUAGGAAGACUGGCACCUAUGCUUUUUAUUAGUGGUCUGUAAAUAAAGAGAUAUAGAUUUCUAAUAA